AUGUCCGUGGCCGUCCUUGGCGACGCACAUGAUUGUGACCGCGCAAAAGAAAUUGGUUUAGAAUGCAUGAGCGCUGAUGAUCUUAAAAAACUUAAUAAAAACAAGAAAUUAAUUAAAAAACUUGCCAAAAAAUACGACGCAUUUUUGGCAAGUGAAGGUUUGAUCAAACAAAUCCCGAGAUUACUGGGUCCGGGAUUACACAAAGCCGGUAAAUUCCCCACUCCGGUAACCCAUAACGAUGAUUUGAACGCCAAAGCUGACGAAUUGC